AUGGUGGCUCCCCGCCAGAACCUCUAUGAGGUGCUGGGCGUCCCGCGGGCCUGGUCCCCAGAUGCGAGCCUGCCCUCGAUCCGUGCAGCCUACCGCAAAUUGGCUGUGCAGCUUCAUCCCGAUAAGGGUGGCACCCGUGAGGAGUUCGCGGAGUUGCAGGCUGCUUAUGUCAUCCUUUGCAACGUCGGUCUCAGACAGCGCUACGACGAGACCGGAAAGACAGACGUGCCCGAAGAUGUGCGGAAGGGGCAGCGAGCCUACGCAGAUCAACGAACGGUGCCCACACCACCGAAGGAAGAGCCUGUGAUGUGCUGGAAGUGUGGCACAGAAAUUCCUGAAAAAGCCAAGUUUUGCCAGGAGUGCGGCGCACCACGACAGGCCCCGGCUGCCAAGCCGCAAGAAGUUCCCCGCAGCAAAGACAUCAAGGUGCAACUGCCACCGGCACUUCAGGCACUCAUAGAAGGUCGCACGCUGGAGUCGGUGCCGGUGCCCGAGGACUUCGAACAGCCAGUCGCGCAUAUUACAGUGACGGAGAAGGAGGGUAAGAAGACGCUGAAAUUGGUCGACACGUACCCGAUGAUCGAGAACUCAAGGCUGAUAGAGGGACAGGUGCUGGUGCAGAUGCGCGCAGUGCCGCUCACGAUGUCAGAUCUCAAUGCGGACAGCAGGUACGGUUGUGGUGACAUCUAUGGGUGCCAAGGAAUCGGGCAAGUUCGAAUGGUGGGGCCGCGUGUCACAAUGCUGAAGCCAGGAGACUGGGUCCUUCCACUGCACGAUGUCGAUAGUGAUGGAGACAUCGACCUGGACGCUAUGCCACCUGGCACGGGCCGCGUGCUUGGGGUUUGGAAGGCGGACAGGUGUGCGAAGCUUGAGUUUUCAGCAGAUUCGCCACUCAGCAUUGCAAACAUGGCGCUGGCAAAGUCCAUCGGUGCCGCCUGCCUCAUGGUCCAGGAGUCGCUAAGGCUGGAACUGCACGAAGUGUUGAUCCAGCUUCUUGCAGCCAAAGGCUUCACCGUCCUAGCCGUCGUGCGAAAGCACAGCGGGGAAGACUGGAUCAAGCAGAAGCUGGAAGGACUCGGCGCCAAGCGAGUGUUUCUGAUGCAGGAUGACAUCCGAGGCAUGUUAGAAGAGUCUGGGCAACCGCUUCCGGCCUUGGCUUUGGAUGGUGUUGGGGGUGUCGCUACCAACCAGCUUGUUCAGGCACUGUCCAAAACAGGGGAUCUGGUUUGCUUUGGUGUUGCCGGGGGUGGAAGCCAGCAAGCUGUUACCCUGAGCACCAGCAAGAAAUGGAAGGGAAACAUGCUCCAGUUUAGCUUUGAUGAGUGGCUCAACAGAGACGUCACGACCAAUGCCAAGAUCCUGAACCAGAUGUUGUUGGAGGUAACGCAGCUGGUGAAAGAUAAGAAGAUGCAUUUCGUCAUCAAGGAGUACACUACGCAAAGGUUCAACAUGGCGGUUCUGAAUGCAAAGCAGAUUGGCAGGACUCAUUGCGUCGUGUUGAAUCUGCCUCGCCUGGAAGAAGUUACCAAACGAUACACGGAGGAGGAUGCCCUGGUACUUCAGGAAACAAGCCUGCAAAGCGACAGCAAAAGGCACCGUAGCUGGGACUUGGACUUCUUGGAGUGGGAGGACGCUGGGGCAGAGGAGGAGUACAACUGGAGAGUUGACAAAGAGAAGGGCUUGUUCAAGCUGCAUCCUGAUGCGGCGGAUGGAGCCAUCGAAAAGUAUAGCAGUGACACAUCCCCAACGCCCAUUGCCCAGGAACUGGGAAGUAGCCCCGCCAAAGCUGAAGCGGUGCUAUUCUGGUUGCCUGGCAGAGGGGAGAUUCCUCAGGAGCACGCUCACUGGCUAGAGAGGCUCACAAAGGACUACAAGGAGUUGCGGGUGCUCAUUCUAGAGCCCCAUCAGCUCGAGCAGGAUCUGAAGUGGUACGACAUGCCUCUUGGAGUGCAGAUUACGGACUGCCUAGCUGCACAGGCCCUUCCAAGGGCUGGCGCUUGCCAUAACAACCCAGGCAGCUGGGUCUGCGCUUUGGUGUUGUCGAUGAUGAGCUCGGCAAUCCCAGAGGAGAUCUGUCGCGAUCCAAAGGGCCGUGUUAUGUAUUUUGCUGAGGCAGCCACCUUCGACAUGCCCCUGCUGCCCGGUGAAAUCGAUGCCUUGAGACAGGUCGAAUGCGCUGCGCUUGGCUUGAAGCGGCGAGCGCAGCUUUACAGUGAUUUGGCAGACUUGCUUGUAAGGCAGCUUGAGGAGCAGCAGCUCAAGCGCGUCCCCAGCACCUCGGCCAUGAGGUUCAGAGACCUGCUCAGCUUAGGCGUGGUUGCGCUCUACGCUGCGAUGUGCCUAAUGGAGAAGCCCAUUGACAGUGUCGCUUUCUGUCAUAGUGGCAUUCCAGCCGCAUCCAUGCUGGGCAAGCGGCUGACUUCACAAGUGAGGACUGCUACACGCUUGCACGCCAUUUAUGACAAGGCUGAUGAGGAGAUCCCCACCACCUUUCCUGACACUCUUCAUCAGAUGCUGUCACUUGCACACUGUAAAGUGAGCUUGUACUGGCUGCAAGACGGCGGCGGCCACGCCUUCUCGGACGAAGCUGCCAACGCUGUCAGCAAGUGUGUCCACAUGUGGCUGGAUGAGCGCAACUCCCGGCCCAACAUGUUCCGGCCGGACUUCAUGCGAUAG